AGGCAAGAUGUACAAAAUUUUAAGUGGAGCAGCUAAAGGUGUCUCGACAUUGAAACCAUUGGAAGCGGCUGGGAAGCUAACGAAAAAUCGUCCAUAUUCCUCGUCGUGUAAAAAGCGUGGCGAUGAAGGAUUGACGGAUUUCAGCACCCGAAAAGAUUGCACACAGAAAGCUUGCAUGGAUCGAGCACUGCGAAAACCGGACGUCGAAGAACCACCGUGCGAGAAAGCUGCCAGUCCGAAAACGUGGCGUACCUGUCCUCAACCUCCGAAGCCGAAGGAGUUUUCAUGUGACGAUACUCUACAGCAGAGAGUACCUCGGCGUCAGAAACGAGCCGUGGCCUCCAGGCCGGCUUGCUCGAAGCCAGCCCCUAGCGUAGAAGCGUUGGAGUGUGUCAAGGUGAAGCAGGAUCUGUGCCCUCGUAUCGGCACACCAUGCUGUGUCAAGUUCAAAUUUCCACCAAAGUGUCCACCCAAGAAAGUUGUGCGCGAUUGCGAGAGGAUAAGACCACCGAUUGCAUCGUUUUCGGAAUGCUAUAAGAAUCCAUUUCCACCACAGCCUCGUUCGGAGUGCACCUGCCUGACGACGCCUAAAAUUUGCAUGUGAUGGACCCGAGCAGGCAGCAUUCGAUGAGGAAUUAUAACCAAUCAAAAAGAAUCCCUCCUAUAUAACGGUGAUCUUGAUUCCCUGAUAUUAAACUAGGCACCAGUUUGUUUCUUCUGCCUAUCCAUUCCAAACGAACAAACCCCGUUCUCCUGAACCUGCUUCACCAUCAAGAACCAUAUUGAAAUCCUAAGUUUUAGUGCGUAAUUAUCCAGUUUAGCCGUUUGAGUAGGUAGUUGAGGAAAAGUACAUAUUUUGCUACUUUUUAUUGAAAAAAAAUUGCGAUGUAGGUACAAAUAGCUGAUGAAUAUUGGAAUGUUGCAUUUUCGACAGAAUACAAAUUUUGAAUGACGCAUGAA